CAUGACACACUCUUUACAGUAAAGCAGUAAAAGCCCAAUAUGGCAGAAGCGGUCGGUCUUGCGCGGUAACUAAAGCAACAUUUCAACUAACACACUGUCAUAUUCAACACUAAUCAGCACAAGACCGCAGCGAUGAGGGAGAGACCGAAGAAAAAGAAGGGGAGGACAUGGGCAGAAGCUGCUAAAACGGUAUUAGAAAAGUACCCCAACACACCUAUGAGCCACAAAGAGAUCCUACAGGUGAUCCAGAGGGAGAGACUGAAAGAGAUUAGUGGUACUUCCCCGCUGGCCUGUCUCAAUGCUAUGCUCCACACCAACUCUCGCGGUGAAGAAGGGAUCUUCUACAAAGUACCUGGACGAAUGGGGGUCUACACACUGAAGAAGGACAUUGGGGACGUGGUAAAGGAGCUGUCUGAGGAGGGAUCCGAGGAGGACGAUAGUGAUAAUUUGUCUGAUUCCCAGAGCACAGAGAACAACAAUUACACUAACAACCAGGAGGGCAUGAGGGGACAGUGGAGGAGGAGAGCUCCAUCAAAGCAAAUGCUAUCAAAAGACCCCAAAAGACACAAGUCAAAGGAUAACAGCCACGUGCCCUCCACGCUGCCAUCUGAUCCGUCGUCUCCUCAGCCACGUUGUUCAUCUCCCUCUGUCCCCAGUAGCAAGCUCAUCUCUCCCUCACAGAAACACAGCAAGAAGGCUCUCAAACAGGCCCUGAAGCAGCAGAGGAACCAGCGGAGACAGGGGGGCAUGCCCACCACCUCCAGCCCAAGGCUGCUCAUCAAGAACGUGAAGGACAUGGCUGACACCAUUGUCACUAAGACCGACUCCUGUCCUGCUUCUGGUACCAGGAAGAUGUCUCAGAGGUCCAGUCGACUCAGUGCACGGCAACUGAAGCGUACCAAGUGUGCAGAGAUAGAUGUUGAGACACCAGACUCUAUCCUGGUUAACACCAACCUGCGUGCCCUGAUCAACAAACACACCUUCUCUGUCCUGCCCACAGAGUGCCAACAGAAGCUACUCACACUACUGCCUGAGGUCGACCAACAGGCUUGUAUGGAUGGUCUGUUAAAGGUCACCAGUUCUGCCUUGAACAAUGAGUUUUUCACAUCAGCAGCUCAGUCCUGGAAGGAACGACUGGCAGAAGGUGAGUUCACUCCUGAGUUGCAGCUGAGAAUGCGUCAGGAGAUUGAGAAGGAGAAGAAGGUGGAGUAUUGGAAGGAAAGUUUCUUUGAGAGCUACUAUGGUGAAAACUCUGGACUCAGCUUAGAGGAAUCCAAAGAGCUGCUUGAGUCUGGUCUCAGUCUGGAGCUCUCAGCCACCAAACCCCAGUUGUCUCCUCCAACACAGCCAAGUCCUGCUGGCCAAGCACUGCAAGAUCCCAAGGUCCCAGAGAACAGCUGCCAUACUCGUUCUUCAGAGAGGAGGCUCCGAUCAUCAUCACUGCCUAUAAACCAUACAUGUAAACCCAUAGAAACUCCAUCUAAACCCAUAGAACCUCCAUCUAAACCCAUAGAACCUCCAUCUAAACCCAUAGAGCCUUCCAAGCCAAGACCGGAACCAGAGCCUGUUCACGAUGAACCAGUACCAGUCCCACCCAUUGUCCCACCAGUUAUAUUACCGAAAAAUAUACAGAAGACACUGGAGGUUGAGUACCCCAGACACAGGACUCGUAGCAGAGGUUUAUCCCUGCCUAUAAUGGCAGUGGAGGCACCUGUUGUGAAGAGACAGGAUGUGGUGGACUCAACCUCAAUGGUUACUCCACUUGGGGAGAAGCAGAUGGAGGAAGAGGAACAGGAGCUGAAAGAAGCUCAGCCGGAGACCCCCCAGUCCCCUGAGAUACCUCAGUCCCCUGCCCUGGAGAGUCCUCCAGAGGUCCGCUCCCAGAAGAUGCUCAGAUCAUCACUGCCGACCGACCUUUCAAAGCCAGAGCCUCUGGGCUUGAACGAGCACAGUGGGGAGAGGAGGGAAGAUGUUGCACCAGAGAGAGGCCCCUCAGUCUCAGUGUCUGUCACCCCCGUAUCCACUCCUCUAUGCACCCCCGUAUCCACCCCCGUAUCCACUCCUCUAUGCACCCCCGUAUCCACCUCCGUAUCCACUCCUCUAUGCACCCCCGUAUCCACCCCUCUAUCUACUCCUGUAUCCACCCCUGUAUCUACACCCAUAUCCACCACCCCAUCCCCAGAGCCGUUGAAAAGGAAGUCCUUGUCCAGUGAACAGGAAGUAGAGCUGACUUCAGAGAAGAGGGCCCGCAUCACUCCACCGACAGUAUCUGUGGUAACCUCUCCAGCAGCCACCAUAACAACAGCGCAGAGAGUGCCUCCGCUUAAGAUUCCUGUGUCACGAAUCCUAUCAGUCCCUGCAUCUCCAACCCAGGUGUCCCCCAGGACCCCUCUCCCUGUCCCGCUCAGCCCUGGCCCCAGCCCCGGACGCACUGGUGCUCGCACUCUGGCUGACAUCAAGGCUAAAGCCCAGCUAGCCCGGGCCCAGCGUGCAGCAGCAGCUGCUGCAGCCAGUUCCUCCUCUAAAGGUGCAGUACCAGGCCCAGGACCGGGAGGAGGCAUUGUAGAGCAUAGAGCUUCAGCCCAGACCCUCCACUCUAGCCCCCCCUGCUCCACUCAGUCUCAGUCAACCACCAGGCUGCCAGUAAGUAGCAUCACUGGUCAAUCUACCUGUCAAUCACCUGAUGCAGUCAACACACCAGCCCACUCCAGUUCGGUCCAAUCAUCAGGCUCCUCUGUGCCCUUUGACCUUAGCCUUUCUCAAAGAAUCUCCAACACCGGUAGAGCGUCUCUCACUGAUGACCAACAGAGAGGCUCCGCCGAUGGUAUGAUGAACCCAGGUUCUCUGAUGGGACCUCAACAUGGCAACAUUCAACAUACGUCAUACCCACCAGGUCCCCAGUCAAUCUCUAGCUACACUUCAUCUGUGUGUGAUGUGAAGAGCCAGUAUGUAUCUGGAAGCUUCAUGGCAGCCAGGGCUAGCCACUUUAUCCCAGCCAACAACCCUCUGGUCACAUCUCUCCUCCAGGGGAAAGAGGUCCCUCUGGAACAGAUCCUCCCCAAGUCUCUGGCCAAGGCCGAUGUCCAGAUGUCCCAGGCCAAACCCUCCCAUGAUGACAAAGGGACGAUAACGUCCCACAGCACUGCUGGAACAGACAGUGGUGAGAAUAAGAGCCAAUACCUACACGCUGGUGGUGUGGAGGACUACAGUAGAUCUGAACAGCAAGGAUCCAUAGGCCAGUCCACUUCUACCAUACCUGGAACAAGAGCAGAUAUGUUGGCAGAGCUCCAGCGUCAUCAAAGGGAAACACCUAACAAAGACAUCCAGGAACAGAUCCUCAGGGCUCUGAUGCACAGGGCCACCCACCAGCACCAGAACCAGCCAUUUGGGGGCUCAGGUGGGGCUCAGCCGCCCCAGUUCGGAGCUUGUAAUCUGGGGCACCAGGUGUGUGGGGACCAUCCCCGGUUCUCCGCGGGGUUCCCUGGACGGAAGAGGAUGUCCAGGCCUGCCAUGUCAGGGCACUACCUCCUCAAUGUCUCCACGUACGGACGAGGGUCAGAGAGCAGUAAACGCUUCCACCCAUUGACCACCGUUAACACCUCACUGACCCCACUGGCCAAUCUGAAGAGAGAGCACAUCGGGGUGGAGAGGCUGGCUAACGAAGGGGAGGAGUCAGUGGAGAAUAAGUCUCAUUCUCAUUCUAACCCUGCUGGAGUCAAGGUGGAAGAGCAGGGCUUCUCAGUCACAAAAAUGGAUGAAGCUCUAGGCUUUCAACACUGUUCCAGAAUAAUGUCUGAGUCUCCAUCAGUGGGAGGCUGUAUACCGGAGCAGGAGGACAACAGUUCAGCCGGUACAGAUAGAGACAGUGGCACUUCUGCAAGAGCCAAAGAAACCAAACCUUUCACCCAAUCACAAUCACAGCACAGGAGGCACCCAGAACUCUGCAAUACUAAACAGGGUGGUCAUUCCGAGCCAUAUCGUUUAUCUGUAUCUCCCCACGUGGGGACCAUGGACCCCACUCACCCCAGUACUCACCAGCGUCCGUCUGCCUUUCAAACCCAGAGACCUCCAAUCGAUAAUCAGGAAUCUAUUGUGGGUUCCUGCUACGGUGGCACCAUCAGCAUGUCUGUACCUCACGCUCUGAAUCACAAUGCUGCUGCUUCAGGCACCGCUUCUAGCGCCUCCCCCUCUGUGUCAGGUAGUGGUGGGGACAGCGGCAGUGGCACCGGCAGUGUCAUGUCUUUCUCAGUGACCGUCACCACCAUACCUGCCGGUCACCCGUUGGACCACAGCAGCCAGGGGGAGGGGUCUCCAGAGCAGGGGUUUAUGGAGGGAUCUGGUAUAGAGGACGUUCAGUCUAAAUGCUACUGCCGACUCAAGGCUAUGAUCAUGUGUAAAGGGUGUGGGGCCUUCUGCCAUGACGAUUGCAUUGGCCCUUCAAACCUCUGUGUCUCGUGUCUAGUGGUACGAUAAAACUACUAAUAAUGUAAUAAUGUAGUGCUGAGCGAAUAACUAUUAUUUUUCGGCGGUUCAAUUAUUUGAAUUGCAUUUCUGUUAGCUCUAUGCCGUUUCUGUAGAGUUACAUCAGAUCAAGCCUGAAACUGUGUGAUGUAGUAGGGAGUUGUAGUUCCUAACAGGACAAUGUUCUACAUAAUUUAGCGCAGAAAACGUGCUAAUAGCUAUGUACGGUCUGUGUGGAGCAAGACACGGGGAGGAGAGAGAUCGAGAGAGAUCGAAUGCAGUUGCUUCGCGAGCAUGAAAAUACAUGAUCUAAGUGCUUGAUAGUUGGUAUUUAGCGAUCAUAAAAGUAUGCCUUGUUUACUUUGAAGAACUACUAAAUAGUGAUUUUUGUUGUACAGCAUAGGCAGCAGCUCUAUAUGAGAUGAUGACUCGGAAUGAAGUUUUAAAAAAGUCAUCAAAUAAAACUAAUAUUUUAUUAAAGUAAUGUGAAUAAAUGAUGGUUAAUAAGUGAUACGCAACCAUGGCCAGUCAUUACCAUUAUGUGACUUUUAUUAAUUGUUUUAUUCUGUUACAGCAUUCAACCCACAUAAUGUGUAGUGCAUUUAAUGUUUAAAAAGGUCAUCAAAAUUGAAUUUUUUUACAUUUAUAAUCGAACCAAAACCAAACCGACUUCAAAAAGCACUAAUCGCUCAGCACUACAUAAAUGUAGAAAUGGUCUGUUUCAAUUCUUUAUUAUUGCACCAAGGAAAAAAUCAGCAUCAAGUCAUCUAGCAUCAUCAACAAGUAGCGGUUACGAGCAAGGUCAGUUCCAUUUCAAUUCUGGAAGUAAACUGAUUCAAAUGUUUCUAUUUCAAUUCCGAUUCUAAUUUGAAAAGAAAGACGAAUUGGAAUGUCAGUGUAUUUCCUGAAUUGAAGUGGAAUUGACCGUAACCAUGGUUACCAGGGUAAAAUGCACAGUGGCCAUACUCAACCCAGCACAUGGUUUUCAGUGGGGUGGCAAGUCAUUUAUACUGGACGACACAAGAGGUUGGUGGCACCUUAAUUGGGGAGGACAUGCUUAGCGAAACUAAGUGGAAUGGUAUCAAAUACAUCCAUUUGCUCUGUUUCGGCCAUUAUUAUGAGCUGUCCUCUCCUCCGCAACCUCCACUUUCAUCUAUUCCAUCUGAAAAAUAGUUUGUUUUGUACAAUUCACCGAUCAGUUCAAAUCAAAUUAGACUUGAGACAAAAGUUGAAUCUUGGCAAUAUUUUGCACUUGGACAUGUUAUUGUGCUAUAUUUUUGUAAAGAUAGUUUAGAUUUUAAAAAAGGAAGAAAAAAAUUAAUGUUGCUAUUUUUGUAGAAUGUAAUAACAAUGUUACGUUAAAGACUGCCACUCAUUCAGUAGUUUAAGUUAUGAUGUUUUAAAAGGUGAAGAAGGGAGUUAGAUUCAUAUUCAUCGACCCCUUGGGGUUUGUGUGUAGGUGGGGGAGUACAAAUACUGAUUUAUAUAGAUUUUGAAGGUCGCAAUCAAUCAUUUAUAUAUAUAUACAGUACUAAAAACAAAGUUACAGAUGUGUUAAAAGAUAAUAAUAGAUAUUUCAAAUUAUUUAGAUUAUAAAACAUUAUUUCACAUAACGAUUGCACUUAGCGUUUCUACUAACAGGGGUGACUGACACUGAGACUGUAUAGUAGAUGUAGUGUACAGCGUUUGUACUCUAACAUGGUGAUUAAAAGUAAAAGCACUUCACAAAUAAAUGGAUAAAUAGUGCUCUUCAAGGAGCAAGCUGAGUAUAGUCAGAUUCCAGAUCUGUUUGUGUUGUUUUAUGGCAAUGACCAAAGGAGUUAGCAAUACACCACAAACAGAUCUGGAACCAGGCUACAAACUGAGGUCUUUGCCAUUUCAGAUCAUCGUGCGAAGUUUACCGACUCCAUGACGCAUUUGUUUUCAUAUGUUUGUUUGUGUAUAGCAGAGUAACUAUUAGCAGUGAUGUACAUUUAAAACACUCAGAGAAAGAAAGGAGAAAAAUGAAGAUUUCAUUUCUUGUAUUAUUCUUUUGCUUUGUAAAUAUUGGCUUUCGUUUGAACUCGAUUUAGAAAUUAAUUUAGCUUUAUGUUCCUUGCUUAAGCAUAUCCAACAUUUUAUUGUUUUUAUUGCAAAAGAGUUUAUAUCUCUAAAGGAAAUGUGUAUUUUAACGCUAAAUGCUGUGCUAUCAUGAAACCAUUCAAAGUUGUAUAGGCUCCAGGUACAGUAUUCAGGUUGAUAGACGGUAGAGAAACAAUUUACUAGCUACAUAUAAAAGAAAGGAACAUCGUAUGGGUAUGCAUGGUGAUUGCAAUUAUAAAAUCAAAAUGUAUCAAUCAUAUUUCUGAAAUGAUCUGACUUAAACUGAAGAUAGUUGCUGUGUAACGGUGUAUUUUAUAGAAAUCAUUUCCAUGGUAAGAUGCCAAAGUCACCUUAUGAAAACGAAAUGAUCAGAUCUCGUUUUUAAAGGACUUAGUUAAACAAAGUAAUAUAUUUUAAUAUAAAAAAAUCUAUUUACAAAUUUUUUAAAACAACAGGGUAUUUACUAGAAUGAUACACAUUACACCGGACAGUUUUUUAGGUACACCCAUCUAGUACCGGGUCAGACCUCCCCUUUGCCUCCAGAACAGCCUGAAUUGUUCAGGGCAUGGAUUCUACAAGUCGGAAACGUUUCACAGGGAUGUUGGUCCAUGCUGACGUGAUGGCGUCACGCAGUUGCUGCAGAUUGGACAGCGGUACUCCACCGUCACCAGCCUGUACCGUUGACACCAGGCAGGAUGGGACUACGGACUCAUGUUGCUUACGGCAAAUCCUGACUCUGCCAUCAGCAUGACGCAACAGGAACCAGGAUUUGUCGGACCGGGCUAUGUUUUUGCACUCCUCAAUUAUCCAGUGUUGGUGAUCGCAUGCCCACUAGAGCCACUUCUUGUUUUUAGCUGAUAGGAAUGGAACCUGGUGUGGUCGUUUACUGCAAUAGCCCAUCCGCGACAAGGAUUGAUGAGUUGUGUGUUCCGAAAUUCUGUUCUGCACACCACUUGUUCUGUGCCUUUUAUUUGUCUGUUUGUGGCCCGCCUGUUAGCUUGCACGAUUCUUGCUAUUCUCCUUUGACCUCUCUCAUCAAUGAGCUGUUUUCACCCACAGGACUGUCGCAACAUUCUUGGUAAACCCUAAACACUCUCGCGAGUGAAAUCCCAGGAGGGUGUCCGUUUCUCAGAUACUGGAUCAAGUGUGCCUGGCACGACGAUCAUACCACACUCAAAGUCUCUUAGGUCACUAGUUUGGCCCAUUCUAACGUUCAAUCGAACAGUAACUGAAUGCCUGUCUACCUGCUUUAUAUAGCAAGCCACGGCCACGUGACUCACUGUCUGUACUAGCGAUCCAUUUUCGUGAAUGGGGUGGUAUACCUAAUUGACUGGCCGGUGGUGUAUAUUGGGUGUCCCUUUUUCUAAUGUUUUUGUGUGGAAGAGUGGACAGACCACAACAUAACUUUUGUAGCAAAAAAAACAUCCCCAAGUUUUUUGAUUCUAUAUGACCCAUGUAUUUUUAUGGAAAUCUACAUGUCCUUUUUCACUGAAGUCCUGCCUGGAAUAUUGUAACCAUCUGAACUGUAUGCUCUUGUAACGACGUUUGUUAAUAAGAUAUGGGGCAUUGUUUUGUCUUACACAUAUUUUCAGCAACAAAAUGAAUACAAUUUCAUGGCACCAUUUCUAAGUGGUCUGUGGAUUGUGUGUGUGUGUGUGUGUGUGUGUGUGUGUGUGUGUGUGUGUGUGUGUUUGUUUAAAAGUUAGUUGACAUCUUUAUUUACAGUCACAUGAUUCUUUAUAGUCUCAAAAAGUUCAAAGUCUGCAUCCCAAAUGGCCUCUGGUCAAAAGUAGUGCAUUAUAUAUGGAAUUAGAGGGCCAUUUGGAAGCAGCCAAAUGGUUUAUAGAUUGUAAAGAUGAGAGACCCAAUAUUUAUGAUUUGACCCCUAUCAUUGCAAACUUUGUUAAUUAAUUUGAUCGCCUAUCAAAUUGUAUUAAUUUUAUUUUAAAUAAAUACAUGUUUUAGUCUAAUUUAGUUUCUCCAACAUCAACUAGUAUUGAGUAUUAAUUAUAUAUUUUUUUACGAAUUUUGAUGUUCUAUUUUAACUGACUUGUGUAUGUGAUGGAUUGCAAAGAGAAAGUAGUUUUUACCCACAUUUUGUAAAAAGGCAGCUGACAUCUCGUAAAGUUUAAGAGAGCGUUGAAUUAUUGAUUCAGUAGCCUACUCCACUUUGUCCUUUUCUCUCAAACCAUGAUUGACUUUUUUAUCAAAUCAAUAGCUUAAAUUCAGAGGGAUAUAUUGAUUAGAUCCCAUUUUUAAACCCAAGGACAAAAAGUAAAGGGUGAGGAUAGACUUGGUUGGGAGGAAACGUUUCUUAAGUGUCAUCCAGUAAUGGUUUGAAAAUGUCUGUUUGUCUUGUGAAGGGUGUGUUCCCAUCAGUCCGUGUCAUUGUUGCUGUUUUUAGAUUGGAAAGUCUCCGUUUUAAAAUGCAGGUGAAUGUAAUAUAGUAAUCAGCACUUGUAAACAAAGUGUAUUUUAUCAAACUAUAUAUUAUGAAUAAAUAACAAAGAAAAAACA